AUGAAAUCAGACGGAAACAGCUACCCUUAUUCUUACGGACCACCUCAGCCAGGAUACGGGGCGCCUCAGCCAGGAUACGGACCGCCUCAGCCAGGAUACGGGGCGCCUCAGCCAGGAUACGGGGCGCCUCAGCCAGAAUACGGAUCGCCCCAGCCAGGAUACGGGGCGCCUCAGCCAGGAUACGGGGCGCCUCAGCCAGAAUACGGAUCGCCCCAGCCAGGAUACGGGGCGCCUCAGCCAGGAUACGGGGCGCCUCAGCCAGGAUACGGACCGCCUCAGCCAGAAUACGGACCGCCCCAGCCAGGAUACGGGGCGCCUCAGCCAGGAUACGGACCGCCUCAGCCAGGAUACGGACCGCCUCAGCCAGAAUACGGGAAACCAGCAUCCGGUAAUGCAUUGCCUUAUACUAAUACACCAGCCUUGCCCGCUCAGGCAUCGUACUUCGAUUACACCGCGCCGGCCGAUUACAGUGAAGUUGAGAACUGGGAGGGCUCGAACAAAUGGGCGACAAGUAUGAUCCUUGCACCUUGUAAUGAGCCGUGUUUUUGCUUAGGUGCGUGUUUUUGUCCUUGCUGUUGUACUAUCAUGCAACGCAAAAAGCUAUUGCUUGGUGACUGGUCACGUUACAUCUGCUGCGCCGGACUGUGUGGAGAUCUCUCUUGCUUUUCUGGUAAGGGAGUUGAGCCUUGUUGCAUGUGCCUAGAGGCCACCCUUUGUCUUUCAUGCGCAGUGCACGGCAAUCGUUUCAUGGUACUUCAGCACUAUAAUCUGGAGAAUGAUUGUUGUGAUGUGGCUGUUAUUUGCUGUUCAUGUGUUUUGAGUAUAUUGGCCAUCAUUUGUAAUAAUGAUUCUCUAAAAAUGCUAGCGGACAUCGCCUACUGUGCCACAAUCGGAUGUAUACUGGCUCAAAAUGAACACCAGAUGAAAAAACUUGGAUAUCCAAUGGGCCAAAAUAUGGUUUAG